AUGUUUGGGACCCGUCUGGUGGAAGCGGCCAUGUCACGAGUAACUCCCGCACACGCCUCCUCAGGGAGCUUCCCUCUGCUGAGCCUUGUCCUGGUGCUGCUCCUCCAUGCAGAGGGCACACGUGCGGAGAGCCCCAGUGAACUGCCCUCCAAUGACACCGAGGAGUGUGCUGGCUCCUACAUCUGUAAGAAGGGAGUGAUUUUACCAAUAUGGGAACCCCAGGACCCCUCGUUUGGGGACAAAAUUGCUCGGGCAACGGUGUAUUUUGUAGCCAUGGUGUACAUGUUCCUGGGAGUGUCCAUCAUAGCCGACCGCUUCAUGUCCUCCAUCGAAGUCAUUACGUCCCAAGAGCGGGAAAUAACCAUCAAGAAGCCCAACGGCGAGACCAGCAAAACCACCGUGAGGAUCUGGAACGAGACUGUUUCCAACCUCACGCUGAUGGCCUUGGGCUCGUCUGCUCCGGAGAUCCUCCUGUCUGUCAUCGAGGUGUGCGGCCAUGGCUUCACGGCGGGGGACCUGGGGCCGAGCACGAUCGUGGGGAGUGCUGCCUUCAACAUGUUUGUCAUCAUUGCAAUCUGUGUGUACGUGGUGCCAGAUGGAGAGAUAAGGAAGAUCAAGCACUUGCGAGUGUUUUUUGUUACAGCGGCCUGGAGCAUCUUUGCCUACACUUGGCUUUACAUUAUUUUAUCUGUGUCUUCUCCUGGGAUUGUGGAGGUUUGGGAAGGCUUGCUCACCUUCUUCUUCUUCCCCAUCUGUGUGGUGUUUGCCUGGAUAGCUGACAGGAGGCUUUUAUUUUACAAGUACGUCUACAAGAAAUACCGAGCUGGCAAGCAGAGAGGCAUGAUCAUUGAGCAUGAGGGUGACCGGCCCUCCUCCAAGGCCGACAUUGAGAUGGACGGAAAGGUUGCUAAUUCUCACGUAGAGAACUUUUUGGAUGGGACACUGGUGUUGGAGGUGGAUGAGAAAGACCAGGAUGACGAGGAAGCCAGGAGGGAAAUGGCUCGGAUCCUGAAGGAGCUGAAACAAAAGCACCCAGACAAGGAAAUUGAGCAGCUCAUAGAGUUGGCCAACUACCAGGUCCUGAGCCAGCAGCAGAAGAGCAGGGCCUUCUACCGCAUCCAGGCCACCCGGCUCAUGACCGGCGCUGGCAACAUCCUGAAGAGACACGCCGCAGACCAGGCCCGCAAGGCCGUCAGCAUGCACGAGGUCAACAGCGACGUGACCGAAAACGAUCCCGUCAGCAAGCUCUACUUCGAGCAGGGCACCUACCAGUGCUUGGAGAACUGCGGCACCGUGGCCCUGACCAUCGUCCGCCGGGGAGGAGACCUGACCAACACGGUGUACGUCGACUUCCGGACAGAGGACGGCACGGCCAAUGCCGGCUCUGACUACGAGUUCACGGAGGGGACGGUGGUCUUCAAGCCUGGAGAGACCCAGAAGGAAAUCCGCGUUGGCAUCAUCGACGACGACAUAUUUGAGGAGGAUGAGAACUUCCUGGUCCAUCUCAGCAACGUCCGUGUGAGCACCGAGGCCUCAGAUGAGGGCGUUCUUGAGGCCAGCCGUGUCUCAACACUCGCCUGCUUGGGAUCACCGUCUACUGCCACUGUCACCAUUUUUGAUGAUGACCACGCCGGCAUCUUCACCUUCGAGGAGCCAGUAACACACAUCAGUGAAAGUGUAGGAACCAUGGAAGUGAAAGUGUUGCGAACCUCUGGAGCACGAGGAAAUGUAAUUGUGCCCUACAAAACCAUUGAAGGCACGGCCAAAGGUGGAGGAGAGGACUUUGAAGACACCUGCGGGGAGCUGGAGUUCCAGAAUGAUGAGAUAGUCAAAACGAUAUCAAUCAAGGUGAUAGAUGAUGAGGAGUAUGAGAAAAACAAGACCUUCUACCUAGAGAUCGGGGAGCCCCGGCUGGUGGAGAUGAGUGAGAAGAAAGGUGGCUUCACCAUCACAGAGGAGAAUGAGGAAAAGCAGCCCCUGACCAGCAAGGAGGAGGAAGAGCGUCGAAUCGCAGAGAUGGGGCGCCCAGUCCUGGGGGAGCACACCAAACUCGAGAUCAUCAUUGAGGAAUCCUAUGAGUUCAAGAACACGGUGGACAAGCUCAUUAAGAAGACGAACUUGGCCCUGGUGGUUGGCACAAACAGCUGGAGGGAGCAGUUUAUUGAGGCCAUUACUGUCAGCGCGGGAGAAGAUGACGAUGACGAUGAAUGUGGAGAGGAGAAGCUGCCCUCCUGCUUUGACUACGUGAUGCACUUUCUGACCGUCUUCUGGAAGGUCCUUUUUGCCUUCGUGCCCCCGACAGACUACUGGAAUGGCUGGGCUUGCUUCGUUGUCUCCAUCCUCAUGAUUGGGCUCCUGACAGCUUUCAUUGGUGACCUGGCAUCCCACUUUGGCUGCACCAUUGGCUUGAAGGACUCCGUCACUGCCGUCGUGUUUGUCGCCCUGGGGACAUCAGUGCCAGACACAUUUGCCAGCAAAGUAGCAGCAACGCAGGACCAGUACGCGGACGCGUCCAUCGGGAACGUCACCGGGAGCAACGCUGUGAACGUUUUCCUGGGCAUCGGGGUGGCCUGGUCCAUCGCAGCCAUCUACCACGCGGCACACGGACAAGCCUUCCAAGUCUCCCCUGGCACACUGGCCUUCUCCGUCACCCUCUUCACCAUUUUUGCUUUUAUCAGUGUGGGAGUGCUGCUCUACCGGCGGAGACCCGAGAUCGGAGGUGAGCUGGGCGGGCCGCGGACUUCCAAGCUGCUCACAUCCUCACUCUUUAUCCUCCUCUGGCUCUUGUACAUAUUCUUCUCAUCUCUGGAAGCCUACUGCCACAUAAAGGGCUUCUAAAGGGACAAUCAGAGAUAGUAAAUAUGUGUAUAUCUAUAUAUAUCUAUAUAGAGUGAUAUAUAGGUAUAGAUAUAGAUAUAAAGCUGUGUAUAAUGAACAGAGAAAGAAUAAAAGAGAUUUGCCAUGUUCACACACCUGCUGAUGGAAAGCGGCUUUGGAGCAUCCUUUGAACUAGGCAGGACCCCAAAGCCAGCAGGACCCCUCCCCAGGCAGCGGCCCCAGCCAGGAGCCAGGGGCAGGGCCCUUUCUGCAACUCGACCAACAGGAGCGGCCGAUGGCCACUGAGCCCCUUCCAUCGCUGACUCCCACCCGCUGGCCCCGGGAAGAUGGAUGAGAAGGCGACCGGGGUGCGUCGGUGUGAGCAAGGCCAGAGUAGCUGGUGAGAAACAGAGCAGUGGGCAAGGGAAGGAGAGGAGAGCAAGGGUUCUGAUCUCCCACCGCCAUCCAGCUGCCUUCACCACCCGGGAACAGGCCCUCUGGCCCUGCUGGAGAGGAGCGAGAGACCGAACUGAAGACAAGGGGAAACUGGGAGCUUUCUAAGGAUAGAACACAAACCGUUUUCGUCAUUGCUUUGGGGUUGGUUUUUUUGUUUCGUUUUGGCGUGUGUACAACUAGCAUUUCCCACCCACAUGCCCCUCACCUUUCCCUGUCCAUGCUUUGGGGGUGCACAGCCGCAGCCUCGUGUCCCGUGUCCCAAGCCGAGGCCGCGCGGAGCGGCGGGAGCCUUCCUCCCACUCCUCCGCCUCCUCGGGCAUGCUGUCGUGGUACUUGUAACAUUUGCAUGAAUGAAAUGAAAUCUAUCUGUAUAUAGCAUCCUAUAGCGAUAGUCCUUCCAACCAUGUGGGUUGAGCAUUGCAGAUUACAAGCAUUUUCUUUUCACUGGGUUUUAUUUAUUUUUAGUUAGUUCAGUUUUGCCAUAGGGUUUUGCUCGUUUGUUUGUUUGUUUCCUUUUAGCGGGGGUGGAAAGGAGGGAAAGCUGUCCCCACUUACUGCUCGUGGCAUGGCUCCAUGAGAAGCAAUAACAGCCAUGCAGUUGUAGGUUUUCAGGGAAGGAAAACCCACACUCCAGAGACUUCAGGCUCUGUGCAGCUGUGUGGAUGGGGUCCUCUGACGUGCUGAAGCCAGUGUGAGGCCUCCUCUGCCCACAGGAGGUGUUACACAGGGUCCCAGGGAGUGGGGUGAGCAGUCUGAGGGGAACAAGCUUGGCUGACUCCCAGCACCUCACAUGCUUCUGCCUUUCGAGUCGGUGGCUGCCUCAAAGCCCUUGGCCCCCUGCUAUUGCCUGUAGCCCCAGAGGUGUAGUGACAGCCCCUGUUUCUGAGUGUUAAGCCAUCAGGACCAGUCCCCAAAGCUGGUCCUUCCCCACAGCCAUUUGGAGGCAGGGCUGAAGGGCCGUACGAGAUCUCCCACUCCACUGAGCGGUGACCAGGACGCAUCCCCCCAGGAAAAGGUCGUGUUUUGCACUCUCCAAGUCACUGGACAGGAUGAGACAGGGAGGUGUGACUCAGCAUCACCCCCAGGUGCCAGGAAUGCAGGCUGGGAUAGAGAGCUGAGCCAGGGAAGUGUGGGUGUAGAGCUCCCCAGGGCGCAGCACGGGGCAGACACUGGGCACUGGUGUUGAGAGAUGUCUCCUGACCCGCUGCCCUUUGCCAGGCUUCCUCACAUUCCAGCCAGGCAAAUUCCCAGCCUGCAUGCCCAUGGUGAGCUCUUCCCACUCAGCUGAAAACCAUGUCUGAUGCUUGUACCAUAACCAGCUGGCUGGGGGUAUUUGUACUCAUCUUGAACUAUCUGUGGAAAUUUUAAUUAACCUGCUGUAAGAUUUUCUCUAGGAAUAUGAAGUUGUGGGGUUUUUUUUGUUCUCGAGCCUUUUUUCACUUUUGAUUUGUUUUGGGUUUUUCUUUUUUGUUUCUCAUCGUUUUGGGGGAAAAAUCAAACACAGGUGCAGGUUGUUCAGGUUUAUGAUUACCUUUAUGUACAAUGAUUUCAUUUUCAUCUGUUUGGCUUCAUUUUUUUCUUUGUGUGUAUUGCCCACCACUAUAGGCAGUGAGUCCACUAAUUGUGAUAAUCCUUAUCAAUGGUACACAAUGCACAGAGAAAUAAAGUUUGUAAUGAUUCCUGAUGGA